ACUGCGUAGUCUCAACACUGCGACCGGAGCAGUUUUGGUGUAAUUUUGACGGCGUCCAUAUUUACGGAGUGAUUUUGUUAUUCUUUUAUAUUAUUUAUUGUUGCUUUGUGUAUAUUUGUGUAUAAAUCGAAGUAAAUUGAUAAUGAAAAUCUUGAAAAACGCAUUUUGUAGCGGAGAAAAUCUUCGCGCUAAAUGUUUCAUAAUUGGAUACUUGAACCUCAUCGCCAGUAUCAUUGACAUCGGGUGUCAUGUUCUCAUCGUGGCUAUUGUAUCCAACGGCUUUCAAUGCGAUGUUGACAGAGAUAUCCUACGAUCUAUCGACUGGCCAUGGCUGGAACCAUUAUUGCUGAUCGUGAAUAUUGGUACUCAUGGCUUUUACCCAUUCCCUCUCAUCCUCCCAUCCUACAACAACUUCCAUGUUGAUUACAUGCCUAUCCCCACACAACCGAGGUGCUAUCCCGGGAUGCUGCAUCUUUACUUGAUUGACAUUCUCAACUGCUUAAUCAAUGUCAUCUGGCUCCAAUUCGUGGUAUCGUUUGUCUCCGCUGUUCAUAAGAAAGAUCCAGAACCAAUGCGCAUGUUCUUUGGCCUGUCUUUGGUGAAACUUGUGCUCCAGGCUAUGUAUUUCUUCGCCCGGCCUAGCUUCUGCAGAGACUUAUCUACGGAAGCCUAUUAUUUCAUCAGUGCUUUGGAUGCUUGCGUCGCAAUCAUCUUCUUGACGAUCAUCAACGCAUACGUAGUUCAGUUACGUAAUGAGAAAUUACAGAACAACACCGACCAGCCGCCACCUUACAUCGAAUGUCUCAUUAACGGACAACCAACGCGAGUUGAUGAAAAAAGAGAUGCAGUUCUAGUUAUCGAAGAAAAGAAACCUGAAUUACCAAUGGAAACAGAAUCACAGGAAAGAUGUUGAUCUGAUAGCUUUUAAUAUUUCAUUGGUUGAAUUACAAACGACGUAUCUACACUUUUUGAAUUUGAAAUUGGAAUUCGUAACGGUUACUUUAUGAUACAAUGAGUAUUGAUAUCUUACUGAUAAUUUAACGGCAAUAGUCUGUGUCCUUGUAUGCUUAUUACUUACCACGCUGAAACGGCUGGACGCAACUAAGCGUAGUAAUCAGUUCUAUCCUUUGUUUACUAGAACUUGGAUAGUUUUAUUUUAAUCUAUAUUAAUAUUAUAAAUGCGAAAGGAACUCUUGUGUGUCUGUUACUCUUCCACGACCAGACCACUGAACCUAAUGACAAAUACCUAGCAAUAACAGUUUUAGAAUAUUUUUUAAAUAAUUCAAAUAGGCUAUAAAAGAAAACCUUACAUUGUAAAAUUAAAAAAGAUUCUGUAAAGUUUUGUAUUUGGUAGUUACGACGUUUGAUAAUUUAACCAUACAACAUUAUAGUUUAUAGAUAUAAGUUACGUAAGGGUAUAAACACCAAAUCUAAAUGCUUAAUGCCAAGUUUCCUAUAAUAAGUGUCUUAAUUAUAAUUUAUCUGUUAUUAAUGUAAAAUAUUUAAGCCUCAACUUAGCUUUACACGUUUGUUAAUGUGACUGUAUGACUAAACUUCUUAUGGUAUUAAAUUAUUAAAUUGUAAGUUAAAUUGGCAUAUUUAAAUAA